AUGCACGGAGAUCUUAACGACAAUCACAUUCGCCAUAUUCCAAAAGAUACCUUCAGAAAUGUUACAUCUUUAACUACCCUUUGGCUUAGUAAAAACAAUCUAACAUCGCAAGUGUUUGAAUCAGUGCAACAUCUAAGCAAUCUGGACCAACUAGAUCUUAACGACAAUCACAUUCGCCAUAUUCCAAAAGAUACCUUCAGAAAUGUUACAUCUUUAACUACUCUUUGGCUCAGUAAAAACAAUUUAACAUCUCAAGUGUUUGAAUCAGUGCAACAUCUACACAAUUUGAAGCAACUAUCACUUGCUACAAACCAUAUUGAAAAGAUUCCACCGUUUGCCUUCUCAAACUUGUCCAAUCUGAAAUCUCUGUCAUUAGCAAGAAACCGAAUCAGUGAACUGCUUAAUUUCACAUUUGCAAAUUUAACUGGCCUGAAACAGAUAAUUUACUUCAUCCCUCGAUGUUAUUUAAGCAAUAAACUCUAUAAUGACAAUGAGCUAAAAGUCGCUUCAUUUAUAAUUAGACAUAUCGAGUUUUCCAAGAAAAUGCAUGUCGUAAAGCGCUUCCGAAGAGCUUUCGAAACAUUAGACAAACUGAGAUAUGAUAUUUCUUCAUGCCAAUAA